UAUUUGUUCAUUCUAUUUUUAGCGAUUUUACAAAAUAACUACAAUUUUAAUCGUUUGGGCGGUCUCACAACACAAACAUGGAGGAGCAACUCGACCUGAACCCUAACUCGGUGAACGAACUCAGUGAGUCCUCGUUACCUCCUCUCGAAGACGACGAUACUCCGGCUCUGAGUUCCUACGCUCUCGCCUCUCUCCAAGAAUUCCUCUCCGCGGAGCAGAGUCAUUCCGACGCCGGGGACUCUGAGGUUUCUCUUGUAUCGGAAGAUUGGAGGCUGAGUCAGUUCUGGUACGAUGCAGAAACUGCGAUGACCGUUGCUGAAGAGGUCAUCGCUCUUUCCAGUGGCGGUGAUUCUCGCGUUGUCUGUAUCGCUUGCCCUACUCUCUAUGCUUAUCUUAAGAAAAUGGAUCCAAAUGUUUCUGUGCAACUUCUUGAGUUUGACAAACGUUUUGAGCAAUAUGGAAGUGAUUACACAUUCUAUGACUACAAUCACCCCAAGGACUUACCAACAGAAUUGAAGCAUUCCUACAAAGUUAUUAUUGCUGAUCCUCCUUACUUGAGCAGAGAGUGCUUGGAGAAAAUUGCUGAAACAAUUUCUUUUCUCAGACAACCUGGAGAGUCAUUUUUGCUUCUACUAACAGGUGAAGUGCAGAAAGAAGGGGCAGCUGAGAUCUUGGGGUUGCAUCCUUGUGGUUUUAAGCCUCAUCACACAAGUAAACUUGGAAAUGAAUUUCGGGUGUUUACUAACUAUGACCCUGGAACAAGACUGGGAGGAUGGGAAAAAUAGGUGACUUCCCUCUCCUUGCUUUGAGAGUCUAAAUUAAAUUGAUGUAGCAUAUAUGUAAGGACCGGGUUCCCUGCCGUCAAGAAGUUGUCGUUUUUAUGCAUUCAACACAACUUCGGUUUUUAGAGUUAAGACGGGACGGUCUAGAUUUCAAAUUUGAUAAUGGUAAAAGUUGAUCUAUAUAGUCAACUGCACACUCAGUAGGUUAAGACUUUCGUUGUUGUAAAACAAAUUAAAAAAGUACAUUAGAAUGUGUAUGUGUUAAAUGUGUGAAUGUGAGUGUGCAAACUUUUGACAUCAGAGAAUCUUAAUCAGUUUUCAAUUUGGAUAA